UCAUCUACGUACCGCAUGAACGCAUCGGUCAGUCGGCUUGAGCGGGUUUGAGCCAUUUCAAACAUUUACAACAACACCCAAACUCAAUUCAAUAUUGCCUCUUUCCAAUUCAUCCCUCUUUAUUAGAGUCUUUAUUAGAGAUCCUAUUUCCACCAGUCUAAUUUCUCCGUCAUGAGGCCUUUUCUAAUGGGCUUCAUGUGUGAUGCCCUUCUCCUGUAGACUAUGAUCUUCAAGAAGUCAACUUUCGCCCUUUGCUCCAGUCUUCCCGCCUUGCUUCCAUCGUCACACCCCUGUUAUGGCAUAACGUCAUCAUCAUGUAGGACGGACACGCGACGGCCUCCGUGUCAAGAGCACGGCCACGUCUCCUCGCGUCAACGAUUCUAUGCUACGGUUUCUGACGGGCGCAAGAAGUCGGCUGGCUUUUCUAAGGAGCAUGCCUGGCCUGAGUCGCCACAUCCCACUCCCUACGAGAUCUUCGACCAACAAAAGAGUGCGCCAUACAGCAAGACCAAAUUCUAUGAAUUAGUCAAGCUCUAUCACCCCGAUAGGCACCAUCACGUGUCAGCUCACAAGCUGUCGCAUUCCGCCCGGCUUGAGCGUUACCGGUUAGUCGUCGCUGCAAAUCAAAUUCUUAGCGACCCGUCCAAGCGACGAGCCUACGAUUUGUACGGCGCGGGAUGGGGUGGAAUACAAACCAUGGAAAAUCUUUACCGAUCCGUCGACAGGUCUUGGCGCGACGUUCCUGGAAAUCCGAGCAUGAACGCCACAUGGGAGGAUUGGGAACGAUGGUACAAUCAAAGGGACGGGAAGAAGGAAAAGCAAAGUCCUGUUUAUAUGUCCAACCAGCUAUUUGCGGGUGUGUUAUGCAUAUUCGUAGUUGUUGGAAGUGUGGGCCAAGCACGCCGCGCAAAUUCAAACGCGACGAACUUCGAAGAAAUGAGGGAGAAGAGUCAUGCGACUAUUAGUCACGAUAUGAGACAGCGUCAGACCGAGAAGGCGACCCUCAACAGACAUGAGAGAGUGGAAAGCUUCCUGCGACAGAGGGAGGGUUGGGCUUUGGCCACGACGGAAAUCCCCCGCUCAAUAUCGGCCCCCAAUGAGAAAUAAGAUCCCGACUCUCAAUAGCGAGUCUCUAUCUAAUAAAUCCUACGUACUCAAUUUCGAGGGAGACAUGGUGGAUCACUCACUGCUUUUGAUCUAAGUACCUACCUACCUAAUGUAACGAUUUUAAACUUGAUGUCAUUGGAUAUACCUAAUCUAUCGUGUC